UAAGAGAUGAUUUUGCCUAAAUUUACCCUAGAUACUGAUAGAAAGAAGAAAGUUAGCUACAAAUAUAAAGUCUCUAACAACCGUCUUGCUGGUGUUGAGCUAAAAUAAUCGUCCUCAAAUGGGUAAAGAAUACAAAGGGAUUCAGAGCGAUUUGUCCAGCAAAUUUGGAAAUAAUUUCAAACCAGGAAUUUUGAAAGAGAAAUAUUUAAGAAAAAUUUCUCAGAACCUUAAGAAUAAUCACCACAAGAAUGACACUUUCUAUCCAGCCACUAAAUAAAUCAGCAGUGAGUUCCUUGCCAUUAGAAGUUAUUGUGGAACAUAAAUCUCAUCAGAAACGAUUAGCUCAGAUCAAAUCAAGGACCUCAAAUCGCAUGAUCAAAAAUGCAUCUCUAAAGAGGCAGAAAUAACAAGUCAUCCAAUAUGAACUUCAGAAUGGCCAAUAGUGGAAUAUAUGUUAACGAGAAAUAUUAUUUUGAACAAGCUUUUAAAGACAAUAAAGUCCUGUUUGAGAAGAUUCAGAAGAUAGAGAAAAGAGAAAAACCAAAAGCUGUAGACACCUCAGAUAUGCCUAUCAACACUUCCAGGAGCAAGAAUACUUCACAUUCAACUUCCAGGCUUGAUUCAAGCAAAUUGACGAAUAAAGGGAAAUACAGCUCUUGGCUGACCAAUUGCAGUCUUGCUCCAACAGCCAAUUCUCGUAUAAGAUCAAAUAUCAGCAUCAGGAAGCUAAAAGGUGGAGGUGCUCAAAGCCAAAGAACACUUCAUAAUAAAAACAGUGAUUGAUCGAAUAAAGAAGAGCAGAUCACAAAGAACCAGACCUCUCGGUAUUUCAAAACUCGGGGUAGGAAGAUUAGUUCAGCUAAUCGAACUAAGAUAUUAACCACUAGUGAGACUUUGUCUCGUAGGCAGUCAGUAAACAGGUUUUCAAAGAAUUCUCAGUAUAAUUCUUCAUACAAAAUCACUACAUCUAGUCAUGUUGAAGAAAAUGCUGAAUGCAGUCCAAAGUUUUCCCAAGAAGAUGCAGACUCCGCAAAUUAUGACGUCCUCUACUUGAAGAGAGGGUUAGCAUAUCCUAUCACAAACGAAGGGUAUAAGAAGUUAAGAGAAGGCAAGAAAUCUUCUCUUAAUAAAUUAUUUGUAUAGUUGUGAACAUUUCUAUG